AUUGCAAAACUGUCUACAUGCAAUAGCAUCCAAAAAAGAGUCAUUUAUUUUGGUCUUAUCACUUUGACAAACUUUGCACUAUAUAUCUUACGUUACUCAAACACCAACUCAUCACCCAUUGCUCGUUGCUUUUGCAUAUUUGCCUUUGUUUCAUCUUGUUACUUUUGCAAAUCAGACACACAAACCAUGAAUGCUCUGGCUGCUACGAAUCGUUAUUUUCGGCAUGCUGCAAGAAUUCUUGGGCUGGACUCUAAAUUAGAGCAGAGUCUUUUGAUCCCCUUUAGGGAAAUCAAGGUUGAGUGCACAAUUCCCAAGGAUGAUGGAAGCUUGGUGUCUUAUAUUGGAUUUAGAGUUCAGCAUGAUAAUGCUCGUGGUCCCAUGAAAGGAGGGAUUCGAUACCAUCCUGAGGUUGAACCUGAUGAGGUUAAUGCUUUGGCUCAAUUAAUGACUUGGAAGACUGCUGUGGCGAACAUCCCUUAUGGUGGAGCCAAGGGUGGAAUCGGUUGCAAGCCUUCAGAGUUAAGUAGGAGUGAACUGGAACGCCUUACUCGCGUGUUCACUCAAAAAAUUCAUGAUCUUAUUGGAGAUCAGACUGACGUUCCAGCACCUGACAUGGGCACAAAUGCUCAGACUAUGGCAUGGAUUUUGGACGAGUACUCAAAAUUUCAUGGUCAUUCACCAGCUGUUGUGACUGGAAAACCAUUAGAUCUUGGAGGUUCACUUGGUAGGGAGGCUGCAACUGGACGUGGCGUUGUUUAUGCAACAGAAGCUUUGCUAGCUGAACAUGGCAAGUCCAUCAAAGAUCAAAAAUUUGCUAUCCAGGGUUUUGGAAACGUCGGAACCUGGGCAGCAAAGCUCGUUUACGAGAUAGGUGGCAAGGUGGUUGCAGUGAGCGACAUUACUGGAGCUGUUAAGAACCCAAAUGGAAUUGAUAUACCAGCUUUGCUUAAACACAAAGAAGAAACUGGAAGCCUAAUUAACUUCAAUGGCGCAGAUAAAAUGAAUGCUGACGAAUUGCUUGUCUGUGAAUGCGAUGUUCUCAUACCAUGUGCUCUGGGAGGAGUUGUGAACAGAGAAAAUGCUGAAGAUGUAAGGGCGAAAUUUCUCAUUGAAGCAGCUAACCAUCCAACUGAUCCUGAAGCAGAUGAGAUUUUGUCCAGGAAAGGGGUUAUUGUAUUGCCGGAUAUAUAUGCCAAUGCUGGAGGGGUGACAGUCAGCUACUUUGAGUGGGUUCAGAAUAUACAAGGUUUUAUGUGGGAUGAAGAGAAGGUGAACAUGGAACUAAAGAGAUACAUGACAAGUGCUUUCGACGAGAUCAAGAAAAUGUGUCAAACACAUAACUGCAACCUUCGGAUGGGCGCCUUCACUCUCGGGGUCAAUCGGGUUGCUCGUGCUACCCUUUGGAGAGGCUGGGAAGCUUAGUAAGUUUCUCAAUGGAAGCUAACUGAAGAUUUUCUAGCUUUCCAGAGAUUUUAUGUAUUGUGCUGUAGUUCCUUGUGCGUUUUACUCCACAGACAUGGUUAAUUGUACUCUUGAACCUUCAUUUCUUCCUUAACUUACUACAUAAGUUCUUGAUUAAAUAUACUGAAAUAGAUUACCGGAGUC